AUGUUCCUCGAAAGCGUCGGGUGCGACGACACGUUUGCGCACGGGGGACUGAACAAGUACGCGGCGUCGGCAUCGGUUUCCACUGAGGUGUCAAGCGAGCCGGCUGCUGCCUUCGUCGUUGUCGCCGUCGUAGCCGACGACGAAGCCGCCAUGAUGCAUCUGGGCCGCGACGGUGAGCUUCGAGGACAACGUCGCGCCGGCAGGCCGGACGGUGUUCAGGUUUAG